AUGGAUAACAAUAUCGAUCCUGCGCUGCAGGGUCCGGUCACUGAUGAUAAACUACAGGACAGAAUGGAUGAGUCCCUAUCCGCAUCUUUUGAAGUCACUGGGCUAGACGCCCAGUACUUCACUGAUCUGCACAGGAGACACCGUCACUGGUCUCUCGGACACCCCGUUUUCGGCCAUUCAUGCGGCCCAAUCAUUGAUCACAAUCCCGGUUGGAAGCCGACUGGAUGGCUUGAACUUACAGGUGGAAAACUAAAGUCCAGUGCUGAGGUCACAGCCAAACACAUCCAACAUGAUGUCGACAAUGGUUUGAUACCCAAUGGCUUGACCAAAUUCAACAAGAUGAACUUCGGUCUCUGCCCUGCUGCAGACGAAAACAAUGUUAUGUGCGGUAUUAAGGUGAGUCAGCAGAAUACCCUGCGACGACACUUUCGCCGACUCCACACAGGCUGCUUCCAACCAUGCGACAGCAGGAUGACGAGUGAUGCUGAGAGACUUGCUGGAAUUGAGAACAUUCGAAUGUUCGUGCUCCAGGGAGGAUGGCGUGGUGUUGUGAUCAAAAUCGAUAAUGAUCCUGGCGCAGGAAAGGGCGUUGCGAUGUAUGAAAUCGCCGAGAAGUUGGAAGAGAUCGCGUCCAAUCCGGAGUUUGCGCGCCUUUUUGGCACCGUUUUUCAUCGCCAGGAGGUCGACAAGACGAAGAUCAACCAGAAGAAGAACAAGCGCUCCGCCCGUAAGCCUCUCGAUCCUGGAAAGAAAAAGCGUGCCACCCGUAAGUCUUGCGGAGGCUCUGACAACAAGCAGCUUGGUGGUUCCAAGAAGGAAGACUCUGAUCAGGUUAAGGACUACGUGAACGAUGCCAGGCGCCAUCUCCAAGGCUGA